CACCUCUUUCCUUGAGCACGGCGAGGCGAGGCCCUCCGAGCGCCUGCCCCGGUCCACCCAUGCGGCUGCACCAGCAGCAGGAUGAUCACUUUCUGCAAAUCCGGAACAAGAGCUGCUGCGUGUUCCGGGAUGACUUCAUUGCCCACGUCCUGCCCACCGUGCUGGGGCUGGAGUUCGUGUUCGGGCUCCUGGGCAAUGGCCUCGCCCUAUGGAUCUUCUGCUUCCACCUCAAGUCCUGGAAAUCCAGCCGGAUUUUCCUGUUCAACUUGGCCGUGGCGGACUUUCUCCUGAUCAUCUGUCUGCCGUUCCUGCUGGACAACUACGUGAGGAAGUGGGACUGGAAGUUUGGGGACAUCCCUUGCCGGCUGAUGCUCUUCAUGCUGGCCAUGAACCGCCAGGGCAGCAUCAUCUUCCUCACGGUGGUGGCCGUGGACAGGUACUUCCGGGUGGUCCAUCCCCACCACGCUGUGAACAAGAUGUCCAACCGGACGGCGGCCGUCAUCUCCUGCUUCCUGUGGGCCCUGACCAUCGGCCUGACGGUCCACCUGCUGUACAAGAAGAUGCUGAUCAAGAACCGCGACGCCUACCUGUGCAGCAGCUUCAGCAUCUGCUACACCUUCCGGUGGCACGACGCCAUGUUCCUGCUGGAGUUCUUCCUGCCCCUGGGCAUCAUCGUGUUCUGCUCGGUCCGCAUCAUCUGGAGCCUGCGGCAGCGACAGAUGGACCGGCACGCCAAGAUCAAGAGGGCCAUCACCUUCGUCCUGGUGGUGGCCGUGGUCUUCGUCAUCUGCUUCCUGCCCAGCGUGGCCGUGCGCAUGCGCAUCUUCUGGCUGCUGCGCACGCGCGGGACGCAGAACUGCAACAUCUACCGCUCGGUGGACCUGGCCUUUUUCAUCACGCUCAGCUUCACCUACAUGAACAGCAUGCUGGACCCUUUGGUGUACUACUUCUCCAGCCCGUCUUUUCCCAACUUCUUCUCCACCCUGAUCAACCGCUACCUCCGGAAGAAGAUGCCCGAGGAGCCUGAGAACAACCGCAGCACCAGCGUGGAGCUCACGGGGGAUGUGAGCGUGGCCAGGACCAUCCCCAGCACGCUGAUGAGCGACAGCAAUGAGUCGUGGAGCCCGCCUGAUCCGACUCCAGGCUCUACUUAAAUGAAAUCAUCCACCCAAGAAGGGAGAUUUCCGCCAAGAACCGAGCUGGCUGGGGAAGCAGCUGGGCUGGUGCACAGAGUAAGAUCAUUAGACUUGGCCCGGAGUUUCCUGGAGCUUCCAGACUCGGAGAAGCUGAUUUAGAGAAGUGGGGUGCAGGGUGGGCCACUUGGUUGCAGAGAGCCAGCCCUGGAAUCUCGGAGGAGCCAGGAAUCAGGUGCCCAGACAUUGGCACCCCCUGCUCCCUCUCGGACACUUGCAGAAUUGAGGAUGGCAACCCCAGCCGCACUUCUGCCAAGAGAAGUUGGAGCCGCAGAGAUGCCUGUGGGCACCUGUGGUUCACCGGCACCUUCCCUUCAGUUGCCUGACACUUGGAUGGGUCUCACCUCCUGGGGCCCUACCCAGCCUGGUCCUGGCUCCAGCUGAGAAACAGAAGAGCUGAGGGACUGGAAAGGAGUGUCGGCUUCCCGAGGGAACCAAGGCACCGUCCUGUAAGCCAGCAGAUCCCCUGCAGUCAGCGGGAUCAAUUCAUCUUGGGCCUGAGCCUUCGCCGAACUGGAUUAGACUAAUGGACUCACGGACUCUGGGUUGCGUCUGAGUCUCCAAUACUGGUAAGAGGAAGAUUGGCCCUGAGAGUAACUUUCCCAAGUUACUAAGAGAAAGAAAAUGGCUUUUGUGUCACAGCCUGCCAUUAACCCACCCCCUCCUGUUUAUACUCAUUUGAAGCUUGAGCAGUUAAAAAGGCUUCAGGGCAAAGAGCUGCUUCCCACCUCUGUUUGCUUUUGUUAUUAAGAGGGAAAGGCAGCCUGCUGCCUGGAGGGGAAGGUGCCUCCUGGUUCCUUUGCUUGUGUUUCUGUACUUACAAGAAUCUGCCACCUCAAUAAACUUCGAUGUGAGACUCACA